CCUCCGAAACCUAGCAUGUAUUAACCCACGUCUCCCUCCCGCACCGUUCACUUGCAUCCUUGGUAAACCUCUAGCUAACCGCCGUCGACCAACCCCAGGGACAUCUCUCCAUCGUCGCCGCCAAGAUGCAGAACGAAGAGGGACAAAACAUGGAUCUCUACAUCCCCAUGAAAUGUUCCGCCACAAAUAGACUCAUCACCUCGAAGGAUCACGCCUUGACAAGUUAUCCAUUUUUUAUACCUUGGAUGGAAUACGCAUUGGUUGCGGUGAGAUAAGGUAGAAAAGGAGACCCCAAAAUGGAAAUCGAAACUGGAAUCGAGUGGUCGACGAGGUUCGAGAGCGACGGCAAAGUCAAUGAUGACGAAUGAUGGAGGCUUCAUUGCCGUCGGUGAAAGGAGAGAGUGGAGAGGAAAUUCCUUUUGAAAUUGAAAUUCAUGGGUUCGAGAGUGAAAUUGAAACACACAGAUUUUAGUCUUUUGAAUUACUUCGGCUAAAUACAUGUAUUUCACUUAAAUUCAAUUACCUUUUAUUUAUGUAAAAACAAGUAGUGAUAUUGAAUUUCAAUUUAAAAUUCAAAUACACUGUAUGAAAUUCA